CUAUUUACCGCGUGCUAAGCGACAACAUGUGUUGUUUUAGUGAUGGCAGCAGCCAAAGUAGUCAUAACAACCAUUUAUGAACACUGAUAAUUACACAAAUGCUGAAAGUAUUUAAUGCAUAAUUCAAAUUAAAAUGUCUUUAACACGAACUAUAUUCACAUCUUUCAGAAGGAAACAGUUUUGUUCAGCGUGUAGAUUACCAUUGUUGCAUUAUGACUGGACGCGUCUUUAUACAAACCAACUGAAAUGUUCGAGUCGUUCUAGGACAAUAUUUACUCGACCUCAACAUUCACAGCUAUCAACUACUCUCAAUGGAGCUGAACCUAAAGACUGGAUGUCUUCAGCUUUGCCGAUGCGAUACGUAUUUGUAACAACAUCGGAAUCUAUUUGGGAAGAUAUACCUGAUGGAUUUGUUUUUGAUACUGGUUAUGUGGAUUCCCAUGCUGGUUCUCCUUACGACCCUAAAAUUCCUUUGAUUCUUGCUGUCCAUAACCUCAUGUCCAGCCAUGAAGAUCUUAUUCCACUCUUGGCACCAUUAGUCUUGAAAAAUUACAGAGUUAUUGCAGUUAAUCUUCCAAGUUCCAUCUAUACAAAUGGUGUUGGUUUAGGCCAUGAUGAUGGUUUCCUACACUCCACUACUGAGAAUGCAGAAUUUAUUUUUGAUUUUCUAAAAGAGCUGAAAAUUCCAAAGGUUGAUGUAUUACUUGGCCACGGCACUGGAUGUUACCCUGUUGUUCGCUUAUGUGCAGGACAUGACCUGUUUAAGUCUGCAGCAUUAAUUUCUCCUGCAGGUCACUUACCAUGCCCAGGAGUCCAACCUCACUUACGCUAUAAGUUGUUCACAGAAGUAUGGGAUGUACCCUACCUUCGACCUUUUGCAAAAGUUUUUGUCUAUCUAUGGAAACUCAAGGAUGCUUACAGGGAAUAUACAACAGAAAGCGUUAUAAGGGGUUUCUUCAUAAUCAACGGUAUAGACUUCAAUAGUAUUGGUGGAUAUUUAGUAAGUAUGAAAUCGAAGGAAGUGCCUGUUGGUGUACUUUACUGUAAAGAUGACAAAUUUACUGACACAGAAAUAUUAGAACAUUAUUGCAAAUUACUUGGUUUUGAAGAUCAGCAUUUUGUGCAUUAUGAUGGCAAUGGCCAGAUAAUAAAGCAAGCUGAAACUACCAAAGGAUCAUUGCACCAUGGACUUAUACUAGAACAUGGAAAUCCAUUUCAAGUCCUGAAGAACCCACUUUUGAAUUUAGUAGAGAAACUUGUUAAUCUAUCAAAACAAGUCCGAUAAAAUAUUAUUUAUAUAUAUAUACAUAUAUAUGGGAGAAUUCACGAAAAAGCAACAGACGAAGACAGGUGGUGUAAACAACAAAUGGAUGUAUUAAAGGAACCCAAAAAGAAACAAAGAGAGAAAAAAAUAUAUGUGUAGUGGUCAGUGAUCUAUCAUGGCAAAUGCCAGACAGAAGGAUCACACAUACACACACACACACACUUCCAUUAAAAGACUUGUUUGUAUCAAAUAACAUUUCAUAGAAAAUGGCCUGCUGAAUAUUUCUUGUUUUUGCAGCAUUUAACCAAAAAGUCACUGUCGCAGUGAAAUUUAAAUGUUGGAUAUGGCAAUUUGUUGACAGGGUUCAUUCCAACAAGGCUCUUCAGUAUCACCAGAAUUUAUGUAAACCAAAAUUUGCAAACAAAAUACUAGCAUUCCAUACUGUAAGGUCUUGACUUCAUACACCUUGACUUAAGAGUUAUUGAAUCAGAUGUGGAAGCUUAUCUAGGUGGUUGCUCAAUCUGCUAGAAACAGCAGUUGAAUUCAACUCUCAUCCUACUGUCUUACAAAAGGAAAGACACAACCAACAAAUAUAAUUCCAAAUCCUUAAAAGGACAAGAUAGUCACUGCUGAAACCACUGAUUAUAGGUCUUUUUAACCAGAGCUGAUCUGGGGGGUUAAUAACAGCAAUAACAAAUACUGGGCAUUGUACCCCCUCCUUAUCCACAAAGUUCAAUUUUAUUGAAAAAUAGGUUAUCAUCAUCCUAUUGUAUGUAUGGUUAUUGAUUAAAAGGUUGAAUAAGGGAAAUCUGCGUAAACAAGACAUGCAAAUCCCCACAAAAUAAAAAUGAAAAUAGACAUGUUCAUCAUGUGAAUGCUAGCAUUGAAAAGUAACUAUUAACCCUUUUGAUACCAACCUGCCUGAGACUGUCCCUGAAUUAUACAAACUUCCUGUCUAAUGUGAUCUAAAUGAAAACCUUCCUUCAAAAUUUCAUGUUAAUUUAUGUUCUAAACACCAGUUUAUUAAUGGCAAUUAUUUUACUGUACUAAAAUCUUCAUUAUUUUCUAAGUCAAUUGAAAUAAAGGCAGUAUAUUUCAUCAGUCACUUGUCAACAAAAGGGUUAAACUAAAAUUUGAAACAAUAUAUAAAGGAACAUAAAUCUGUUCAACUCAUUUUGCCAGUUUGACAAAUGGUUCAACAUCUAUAUCGCUGUUGAAGGGGUUAUUGAUAAAAAAAAGUACAUUCAUUUAUAGAACAAGCUUUCAAUAAAAUUCCUCUAUUUUUUGAGGUGUCAUUGUGAUAUUAAA